CCGGCAUCGUUCGUCGAUCCUCAUCAGCGAAAAUAUUUUUCCGUUCGUUUCCACCCCUCGGUAGACAAAUAUAUGUAGGUGUGCGGGCGACUGUAAAAUUUUAACCGAUAUUCGUGCAAUAAAACUCGGAUGGAGUUUUAUUGCCCUAUCAUAAAAGUACAGUGCGACAAAGGUUGGACGUAACAUGACAAAAUGUCUUCCCGAAAUAUACCACUUUUUCGACUCUUAGAGCGACAGUUGGGUAUCGUGAUUCGUAAAAGUGUUGACAGCUCGAACGGUCGUUCAAUACGACGGCAAACCUCGGCUCGUGGAAAAUGGGAAACGAAGAAACACGAUAACUUCGAUAGGGUUCGUGGCUGCAACGAGAACCCAGAAACUGCAACGUGCGCCGGUAAAGUCGGAGACGAAACGUCAACGAGGAGAAGCCCGAGAAACAUGUCGAGCCUUGAAAGGGAUCAGCUGGGACAGCGGGGUCCGGGCGAUUCCGUUUGUGUUGGACUCGUUCGAGGACUUGACCACAUUAGAAAUCCACAACUCAAUAAGGGAAUGGCAUUUAGCAUCGAGGAAAGACAGAUCCUGGGAAUUCAUGGCCUCCUUCCUGCAGCCGUUAAGACGCAGGAUGAACAACUCGAGCUUUGCAGAUUGAAUUUGGAUCGUUACACCGAUGACUUAUCAAAGUACAUUUACUUGAUGAGCUUACUCGACCGAAAUGAGCGACUGUUUUACCGUUUUCUUGGUGAAAAUGUCGAGAAAAUGAUGCCCCUCGUUUACACACCAACGGUCGGUUUGGCGUGUCAAAAAUUCGGUCUCAUUUACCGGAGACCACGUGGCCUCUUUAUAAGCAUUCACGACAAAGGGCACGUUUACGAGGUCAUUAAAAAUUGGCCGGAAAAUGACGUUCGAGCUAUCGUCGUAACUGAUGGUGAACGCAUUCUUGGCCUCGGGGACCUUGGAGCUCAUGGAAUGGGAAUUCCAAUCGGAAAAUUGUCACUGUACACGGCAUUAGCUGGCAUAAAACCUCAUCAAUGUUUACCCAUUACGUUGGACGUCGGUACGAAUACUCAGUCUCUGCUCGAAGAUCCUCUCUACAUUGGUCACCGACAUAAACGUGUUACUGGACAAGAAUACGACGAAUUUCUUGAGGAAUUCAUGAAAGCAGUCGUGCAACGCUACGGCCAAAAUACUCUCAUACAGUUUGAGGACUUCGGCAACGCUAAUGCGUUUAGACUUUUGAUGAAAUAUCGCGAUCAUUACUGCACCUUCAACGACGAUAUACAGGGAACGGCGUCUGUCGCGGUUGCCGGCCUUUUAGCAUCGCUGAGAAUCACGAAUACAAAACUGUCGGAAAACACUAUUGUUUUUCAGGGCGCCGGGGAGGCUGCGCUCGGGAUCGCUGGUCUCUGCGUUAUGGCGAUGAUGAAAGAAGGUGCCACCGAGGCCGAAGCCAGAAGCAAGAUUUGGAUGGUUGAUUCGCGUGGUUUGAUCGUCAAGAAUCGUCCAAGUGGAGGAAUAACGGAGCACAAAAUUCACUUCGCUCGUGACGAUGCGCCGAUCGAUACUCUCGCCGAAGUAGUCAACGCGGCACGGCCGUCGGUGCUCAUCGGAGCGGCGGCCAUCGCGGGAGCAUUUACUACCGAAAUUUUGCAAGCGAUGGGCAGAUUCAACAAAAGGCCGGUCAUAUUCGCUCUCAGUAAUCCAACCAGCAAAGCUGAAUGUACAGCGGAACAAGCUUACACAGCAACAGAGGGUCGGUGCGUUUUUGCGAGCGGUUCACCAUUCGAUCCUGUUACUCUCAAUGGUAAAACCUAUCAUCCCGGCCAAGGUAACAACAGUUAUAUCUUCCCGGGAAUAGCAUUGGCCGCAAUAUGCGCGGGCAUGCGUGUUAUACCCGAAGAAACGUUUUUAAUUGCGGCAAAUGCACUCGCCAAUAUCGUUACGGAAGAAGACCUCGAAAGCGGAAAUCUUUAUCCACCUUUGCAAGACAUUCAAAAAUGCUCUUUGAAGAUUGCUGUCAAGAUAAUGGAGUAUGCCUACAGGGAAUCUCUGGCGACCGUACAUCCAGAACCCACGGACUACGAGGAAUUUGUCAAGGCACAGCUGUACGACACAAAAUACAAGACUGCUGUUCCAGUGACGUACAUGUGGCCGAGUCUCUAAAGUUCUAAAUGAAAAUACAUGCAAAAAUCAUUCUGCUUCGGGAAACUCAUGAAUUUUGUUGAUUCGCAAGAUGCCCACGCAUACACACAAUGUCAUCUCUCGCGUCAUUCGAUGCAGGAUAAACAACGAGUCAUAACAUUUCCGCCGAGACUACGGUCUAUUUUUGAUUUUGUGAACGCCCAUUGCGCGCGAAACUAAAUUUGGAAGAAAAAAAAAUAUUUCGAAUUCCAUUGGAUUAUUCGGGCUGGCCCGAUAACGCAUGCUGAUAAAGCCGGAUCUCUCAAAUAUUGAUACAUUAUUACAUGCGUACUGAGCGUAUGGAAAAAAAAACGAAAAAAAAGCGUGUAUUAUCCAAUUGAUGAGGAUAUCUGAACCAAGUUCCUGAAUGUUUUUAUUUCGAAGAUGAAUUUCCGGUACUUUUGCAAUGUAGCGCCGGGUGUCUUUUCUUUUUUUAGUUUAAAAAAACAUGAAUUAAUAAUUGAUUAAUAUGUACGCAAGGUGUAAAAGGUUUAAAGAAAUAAAGUCGCAUGUGAGCAGUUGUUUUUAUUCGUUUAAAA